AUUGGGCAGAUUGUUCUGAUUCAAGGAGGUCAUUUAGUGGUUAUCUAGUCCUUAUAGGAGAUAGUCCUAUUAGUUGGAAGUCUAAGAAACAAUUUAUUGUGUCACUAUCAUCUAUUGAAGCAAAAUACAGGGCUGUGAGACAAGCAGUAGGGAAAUUCGUAUGGCUUGAGAGAUUGCUUGUUGAUGGUGGUACAAAGUUCAUUGCUAUACAUGCAUUUUGUGAUAGCCAAGAUGCAGUUCACAUUUCUAAGAAUUCAGUUUUCCAUGAAAGAAAACACAUUGAGGUGGAUUAUCAUUUUGUCAGGGAUAAGCUUCAACAAGGACUGAUUGCACUUUAUUAUAUUUCCACAAAACUUAGAGUUAUGGCUCCUAGUAAGCAAUGGAUGCAACUAGUUGACCAUCGUCUAGAUGAAACCUAUUUAGUAGGCGAGCAAAAGUUUUUAGAUUAUGCUUUUCAAAAAACAGGAGAAGAAUAUGAAAUACGAUGUCCAUGUGUCAAAUGUUACAAUACAACUUUAGGAACUCGUAAAACAGUUGAGACACAUUUACAAGUAUAUGGAAUAAUUAAGAAUUAUACUUUUUCGUAUCACCAUGGAGAACGUUUGGGUGAGCCAUUGUCAGAAUCUGAAUUUGAAUAUGAAGAUGGUGAUGAAGUAAACGAAUGUGAGAGUGAGGAUGAAGUAGAAGAAUUGUUGAGAGAUCUAUAUCCUAAUCUUGAUGGAGGAACUACACAUACUGAUGGUGAUGAUGUACUUGAGGAGGAACCAAAUGUUGAAGCAAAAAGAUUUUAUAGCCUAUUGAAGAAUUUCGAGCAGCCACUAUAUCAAAAUUCCAAAGCUUCAAAGCUUUCCUCUUUGAUUAAAUUGCUUCACAUCAAAAGUAUGGGUCGUUGGAGUAAUGCGUCAUUUACAAUGUUAUUGAAAAUGUUGAAAGAGGAGUUGUUGCCGGAUGGCGUCGAUUUGCCAAACUCAUAUUAUGAGGCAAAAAAGAUAAUUAAAGAACUCGGCCUUUCUUACAACAAUAUUGAUGCUUGUACUAAUGAUUGCAUGUUAUACUGGAAGGAGGAUAGCCAACUCGAUUCUUGCAAAGUUUGUGGGGCGUCUAGAUGGAAGAUAGCAACACAUAGCGGGGAAACAAGGAAUAAAAAAGGAAAAAAAAUAGCAUCAAAGAGCUUACGCUAUUUUCCUUUAAAGCCUAAACUUCAGAGGUUGUUUAUGUCUACAAAGACAUCUACUUUUAUGACAUGGCAUAAGGAUAAAAGAGUUGAUGAUGGAAUAAUGAGGCACCCAGCUGAUUCUAUGGCAUGGAAGUCAUUUGAUGAACUUCAUCCUUCAUUUGCUGCCGAGCCUCGAAAUGUUCGACUUGGACUUGCUAGUGAUGGAUUUCAGCCAUUUCGAAAUUCAAAAACCUCACAUAGCAUUUGGCCUGUGGUACUUAUUCCUUAUAAUUUACCACCUUGGUUGUGCAUGAAACAAGAAAAUUUUAUUUUGUCAAUGAUUAUUCUUGGUCCAAAUGGCCCAGGAGAUGCAAUUGAUACAUAUCUUCAGCCUUUAAUAGAGGAAUUGAAGGAAUUGUGGGAAGUUGGCAUUGAGACAUAUGAUGCAUCAACUAGAAAGAAUUUUAAGUUGCACGCUUCUUUGUUGUGGACCAUUAAUGACUUUCCAGCAUAUGGAAAUUUAUCUGGAUAG